AGCGAAUAGUUGAGUUACUAAAAUAUCGCUGUUUAUCAACAGAGAACGCACAACCAGUCGCCAAGAUGGAGGUGUUUUUGAAAUAUGCAUUGUUUCUCAUAUUAUUUCUUAUCAAAACAGGUGAAUGUUUGUCACCUGAUCUCGACAACUUACAGAAAGAGUACGGAGAAUGGCGUCUGCUAAGAUCCCCUGUAUAUUCCACCUCGAUAGGCGUAUACAAGUAUAACGACCAGAUCGAACAAUUCGCUUACGCCGGAUUCGAUGAAGAAGGGGACAAAUGUCAAAACCUCCUGAGCCGUCUGAGGACAAUUGAUUACAACCAACUUACAGCCAAAGAAAAGACAGACUAUGAUAUUUUCAAUGAUACAUUGUCGACCAUUGUGCGGGGAGAUCGCUGGAAAGAUUUCAACGCCUUAAACCCUAUCAAUUUCCUCGAGGGUCCACAAAUUGACCCAUCGUAUAUUCCGAAAAUAACACCAUUCGAUACUGUCGGUGACUAUGAAAACUACAUCAAGCGACUGAAAUUGAUUCCGAAUCAGAUAGAGGAAAUGAUAGAAAGAUUUAAUAAGUCAAUAGAGAAAGGCCACACCUAUCAUAAUGUAUCAGUGAACAAAGUUCCGGGACAGAUCGAUAAAAUCCUUGAGGGCGUAAAUGAUACAAACUUCCCUCUAUACAACCCUUUCCUUGACCACUUGAAGAAUUUAAAGACCAUCGAACAAUCCAAAAAAUCAAAUCUUCAAAACAGAGCUGUGAAGGCCGUCCAGGAUAUCGUCCACAAAUUUAGAGACCUUAAGAAAUAUCUUGAAACUGUAUAUUUUCAACACACCAGAUCCGGUUUCGGUGUAAGUAGUUGGGACAAGGGAGUAGAAUUCUACAAGGAAUGUCUACGAUGGCAUCUUUCACUGGAUAUGUCUCCAGAGGAUGUACACGAUAAGGGACUCCAAGAAGUCGAGAGAAUCUCCUCAGAAAUGAAAAAGGUCAUGAUGAAAUUACACCACAAAGGUUCUGUCAAAGAGUUUUUUGACAAAGUGAAGGCGAACCAGAGUUUUUAUUUUCAAACUGGUGAUGAAAUAGUGCAGUGGUACAAGAACGCGAUCCACAAUGACAUAGAACCAAAAUUACCAACUUUGUUUAAAAACAUUCCAAAUUUACCAGUGGAUGUGGAACCUAACCCAAUUGAUGGCAUUGGUGGCCAGUAUUUAGCAGGACCACCAGACGGAUCACGCCCAGGGGUGUUUCAAGUGAAUGUUCAUCAUCCCAAUAAAUCGGUGACGAUAGACUUCAUGGCUUUACUUCUGCACGAAACUAUUCCAGGUCAUCAUUUGCAGAUUAGCAUACAGUCUACCCAGGCAGGUCCGUCGUAUCGCAGACACAAUCUUGAUGAUAAAUAUUUCCAGCCACCAACUCUGCCUCCCUUUUACACUGCUUACAUAGAAGGAUGGGCGUUAUAUGCUGAAUCUCUGGGUGAAGAGAUGGAACUGUACAAGACGGAUUAUGACCUCAUGGGAAGAUACGGAUCAGAAAUAUUUCGAGCGUGUCGUCUUGUUGUUGAUACUGGGUUACACUACUUCAACUGGACAAGAGACGAUGCAAUACAAUAUAUGUUGAAUUACACAGCAUACGGUGAAGACGAAAUCACAACGGAAGUCGAUCGAUAUCUGACAUGGCCAGGCCAAGCAUGCGCAUACAAAAUCGGCGAACUUCAAAUAAGAAAAUUGCGCAGAAAAGCAAAAGAUGAAUUAGGGUCCAGAUUUGACAUUAAGGAUUUCCACUCCGUUGUUCUGAAAGAUGGAGCCCUACCUCUGAAUGUCCUGGAGAAGAAUGUCAAUCAGUGGAUUACUGAAACAAAGAGUAAACCCACAGAGACAAGGAAACCGUGCACCUCCGUCGGAACAACUAGAGACGCGGGAUUUAAACUGAUUUUGAUGAUCUGUAUCAUGUUUUUUCUGAUAUAAUUGAAUAAUUGCAAAUUCUAGUUUCUAUUCUGACAAUGUUCCCAGAUUGAAUUUAUCAGAAUAUACUAAACAGAUUUAAUAUCAAAACAAUUUUACCAGAGGACCCAAUUUAGGUACAUGUAGGUAUGUUCUCAGCUGGUAUGCUUCCUUCUCACUCAAGGUGUGUGUGAUCUUUACACAUGCAGUUAGUUAAUCUUGUCACUGCGCAAAUAUCUACAAAAAGACUAUAACAUAUUUGAUUCUGAUAAUCCUCUAACAUGGCGAUGGUGACAUAUCAUUGUAUUUGCACUGGAUUUAGUUUUUGUUCAAUCUUCAUAUUAUUGAUCAAUGAAUGUACAAUGCUUAAACCAAUCACUCUGUGUAAGAAAUUUUGCUUAAUUGCUUGUUUGAUUAAAAAAACGUGUGUGCUAUUAAUUAAUAAAGUAUGCAAAAACAAUUGUCAUGGCACACAUAGACAAAAGAGCGAACCUAGCAUUCGUUUUCAUUUCACUUACCAAAAAAAACUCGUACCUUUAAUACAUAAAUCGCAAAAUAAUAUAAAGUAUUAAUAAAAAAAAAUUGAUAUUGAA